AUGACCAGGGAAGGCUGGACUCACAGUGCACUGAGACAGGAAGGUCUCCUGAGAGGAAAGGGUGAAACCUGGAAAUGGGGGACCAGCUUCCAAGGGAGCAACACCUCCACCUCCGUUUGGGAAACCUCCCACCUGCACUUCAGACAGCUGCGCUACCAGGAGACUUCUGGGCCCCAGGAGGCACUGAGCCGGCUACGGGAGCUCUGCCGCGGGUGGCUGCGGCCAGAAGCACGCACCAAGGCCCAGAUCUUGGAGCUGCUGGUGUUGGAGCAGUUCCUGAGCAUCCUGCCUGUGGAACUGCGCACGUGGGUGCAGCUGCAUCACCCCGGGAGCGGGGAGGAGGCCGUGGCCCUGGUGGAGGAGCUGCAGAGGGACCUCGAUGGACCAGCACUCAAACGUUUUGUAGUGCCAGGAGUGGGGCUGGAGGGCAGUGCAAAGCCGUUUGAGGUGUUUGAGGUGUGUUUCUCUGUUCUCACAGUUCUAGACUGUGGGCAGAAGGAGGUCCACGGUGAGUCUCCUGCCUCUGAGGUGUCUGCCCUUUCCCAGGAAGAAAACCCAAGAAAUCAGUUAAUGGCACUUAUGCUCUUGACAGCCCAGCCCCAGGAGUUGGUGAUGUUUGAGGAGGUGUCGGUGUGCUUCACUUCGGAGGAAUGGGCGUGUCUGGGCCCGAUCCAGAGGGCCUUGUACUGGGACGUGAUGCUGGAGAAUUACGGGAACGUGACAUCCCUGGAAUGGGAGGCCAUGGCCGAGAAUGAGGAGGAGGAGACGGCCAAGCCAGGUGUCACUCAAAGAGGUGAUCCGCAGCAAGGCGCGUGCAGGAGGCUGCAGGGCAGCGCUCCCCAGGCCCUGGACUCCAAGGAAAACUGUGAAUGGCAAGCCCUAGCAAGUCAGUGGAGAAAUGAAGCGGAGGACAGGCUGGACACAGCAACAGAGGGCGCCCUCUGUGAACGAGGUCAGAGGAGAAGGACUCCAUCAGAAAAACGGGGCCAGGGGAGGAAGGAAUUUGCAGAAAACUUGAUGUUUGGGUCAACUAUUCCUGAAAGUUUAACAGGUAUCGAAGGAAUGAAAUUCUUUAAAUGCGAUAUAUGUUUUAAACAUUUCAGCAAAAUUUCCCAUCUUAUAAACCAUCGACGAAUCCACACUGGUGAGAAACCCCAUAAAUGUAAGGAGUGUGGAAAGGGCUUUAUUCAGCGCUCGAGCCUUCUCAUGCAUCUACGGAACCAUUCUGGGGAGAAACCUUACAAAUGCAAUGAAUGUGGAAAAGCGUUCUCUCAAAGUGCUUACCUCCUAAACCAUCAGAGAAUCCACACUGGGGAGAAACCUUACAAGUGUAAGGAGUGUGGGAAGGGCUUCUACAGGCACUCGGGCCUCAUUAUCCACCUGAGAUGCCAUUCCGGGGAGAGACCCUAUAAAUGUAAUGAGUGCGGGAAAGUUUUCUCACAGAAUGCUUACCUCGUUGACCACCAAAGGCUUCACAAAGGGGAAGAACCCUACAAGUGCAGCAAGUGUCAGAAAGCCUUCAUUCUCAAGAAGAGCCUCAUUUUGCACCAGAGAAUCCAUUCUGGGGAGAAACCCUACAAAUGUGAUGAGUGUGGCAAAACCUUCGCUCAGACCACUUACCUGGCGGACCAUCAGCGACUCCACAGUGCCGAGAACCCUUACAGGUGUCAGGAGUGUGGGAAAGUCUUUAUCCGAAGUACAAGCCUCCUCUUACACCAGAGAGUCCACACCGAAAAGAAGACCUUUGGUUGCAAAAAAUGUGGGAAGAUCUUCACUUCCAAGGCAAGCCUCGUCGACCAUAAGAGAACGCACAGCAGGGAGAAGCCUUACAAGUGUGCCGCGUGUGGGAAGGCCUUCACCCAGAGCGCUUACCUCUUUGACCACCAGAGACUGCACAACGGGGAGAAGCCCUACGAAUGCAGCGAAUGCGGGAAGGUGUUCAUCCUGAAGAAGAGUCUCCUGCUGCACCAGAGGCUCCACACCGGGGAGAACCUCUAUGAAUGUAAAGACUGUGGCAAGGUCUUUGGUUCCAACAGAAACCUCACAGACCACGAGCGACUGCACAAGGGGGAGAAGCCCUACGAAUGCCACGCGUGCGGGAAAACCUUCAUCAUGAGCAAAAGCUUUAUGGUCCAUCAGAAGCUCCACACACAGGAGAAGGCCUACAAAUGUGAAGACUGCGGCAAGGCCUUCGGUUACAACUCCAGCCUGCUUGUGCACCGGAGGAUCCACACGGGGGAAAAGCCCUUCGAAUGCAGCGAGUGCGCAAGGGCUUUCAGUUCGAACCGGAACCUUAUCGAACACAAGAGAAUCCACAGCGGCGAGAAGCCCUACGAGUGCAAUGAGUGUGGCAAGUGCUUCAUUCUGAAGAAGAGCCUCAUUGGGCAUCAGAGGAUCCACACCAGAGAGAAGUCGUACAAGUGCAGUGACUGCGGGAAAGUCUUCAGCUACCGCUCCAACCUCAUAGCCCAUCAGAGAAUCCACACCGGGGAAAAGCCGUACGCGUGCGGUGAGUGUGGGAAAGGCUUCACUUACAACAGAAACCUGCUCGAACACCAACGAAUCCACAGUGGGGAAAAAACCUACGAAUGUCAUGUAUGCCGGAAAGUCCUUACCUCAAGUAGAAAUCUUACGGUGCAUCAAAGGAUCCACACUGGAGAGAAACCUUAUAAAUGUGAUGAAUGUGGGAAAGACUUCAGUCAGAAUAAAAACCUUGUUGUGCAUCAGAGAAUGCACACUGGGGAAAAACCUUAUGAGUGUGAGAAGUGUGGAAAAUCCUUCACCUCCAAGAGGAACUUAGUCGGCCAUCAGAGAAUCCACACAGGAGAGAAGCCCUACGGGUGCAAUGAUUGCAGUAAAGUGUUUAGACAAAGGCAAAACCUCACUGUACAUCAGAAAACUCAUGCAGAUGAAAAGCCCUGUGGCUACGAUGAAUCUGAAAGAGAAUUCUGUCGCUCUUCAAAUCUACAGCCUCAACAGAAACUCCAUACCGAGGAGUUCUCUUGGCUACAGCAUACUGGUGAGUCCAAGAUAAAGAUUCAAAAAAUCUAGCGUCGUAAGUAAAAUGGAAUACAGUCCUGCCUUCUGAGUAACUGCCACAGGAAUAACGUAUGAAGCAAAGUUAGCGGUUAACCCUUUUAUAGGCAGCUGAGUAACUUCCAAUCUACAAAAACAUGCAAUUUUGUGUUGAAGGAUACUCUAUUCCAGACCAUUUGUUAUGACCUUGGAGUGACUGAAAGCUCUGAAGAAACUGGGUUUAUGUUUUACAAGAUGUAACGAUGUCAUUACUAACAAGUAGCUGUUAUUUCUGAACAUUUGUAUAGUGUAUAUUUUAAAGAUAGCGUUACUGCUAUAGGAAGUCUAUUAGAUGUUGUGAUGCAGACAGGUCACAUGUUGAAUGGGGGGAGGCAGGCGUCUGUGGCGGAGCACAGCCCGAGAGGGUCACUGCUGGAGUGGGGAGAUCGGGGUUUGGUCCGCGCUCUUUCCCCGUCUGGAGGUGUCAUGUUGUUGUCAGCCUCCGAGCCUCAGUUUGUGUGAGUCAAAUGUUGACGUAGGCCCACCUCACAGGGCUGUUGUAAGGGUUAAGUGAAAGAAGCUUUGUGAAAGUUCUUUAUGAAAUAUUCAGUUGUCAAUAAAAUUGGAUAAAAGGUGUUGUCA